AUUUAUCCUGCUCUGUUCCCUUCUGUCAAGGGACGUAUCCAACUUCUUCCGUCCUGUUCGUCUGUGCUUGGCCGCCUCGUUCGUCCCUACACCACAACGCCCGCUUCUCUACCUUGAAUUCUACGCUCAACUCAACAUGGACAGCAUGGAGGUAUUCAUCAGGGGUCUCCCCUCGGAUCUCUCCGACAAAUCCCUGGAGAUGCAGUUGACCGGUUUUAUGAAAAAACUACGUAUCACAAAUUGGACUUGCCAAAAGUCUCGUAAAAAAUCGAUCGGGUCCAUCACCUUCCUUCAUCGCGUCGACGGCGAAAAGUUCCUUCGCACGCACGGUGAAAAGGAGAUACCUGGGAUAUCCAAGAACGGCAAGCCGCGUACCAGAGCUCAACUACAGUUGUUCAACUCGAAUAUAUACUGCAAGGCAAGCGAUCGUAUACCUGACCAGUUCUUGCUGAGAACUCUGUUGAAAACUGCCGAGGACGAACAGCUGAAAGGAAAAGAAGAAGAAGAAGAAGAAGAGAGGGCGCGCGCACAUAGCAAAAGCGUGAGCUUCGAGCUUCGUGAGCUUUCGUGCGGGCACUACGAAUACCCCGAUGGCAGGCUCACCUAUGCUGCCGAUAUUGCCUGGCACUCUCAGGGCACAGCUAAGUUUGCCAGGGACAUGCUCAUCAUCACGUUCAAAACUCGGUCCGGACUCGCACGGGUAGAAAUUCUCUACCGCACUAUUGAAUGGGUCCUCGCCUCUGGAUAUCCUAGUUCCUUGUUACUGACGCUUUGGGAGGCACCCCGAUUCUUCGAGGCCGCCGACCAAAUUGCCGAACUAACCAGUGGCAUGAACGGGCUCGGGAUCUCGAAAAAGCCGGCCGCGGGCGCGAACCAACCGUCAAGAGUCCGCGUGAGCAAACUGCCGCACGAUCUCGCGAACCAUGCGGAAAUCGUAGGACAGUCUCUCGUAUACUGUCUUCAGGUCUCGCCGGCCGACUUUCGCUACAAGCUCGAGGUGGUGAAGGCUAAGGAAUGCUUUACCGUAAUAAACCACGACCUGCCGGGUUUCUCGCCGAAGAUGACCUUGAUGCACACUGGACAGAAGGAAUUUAAGCGCGUGGUUGAGCAAUUCGCCACUAGGAACACGGUACCUUUCGACAUCCUUUUCCAGUUCCAGGCUCUCGUCCAGAAUGGCUACAUACUGCCCCAAGUAGCGGCAACGUUGCUCGGACGUCUUUCCCGGGCAUCGCGUGCGUCAUCUGCUCACCAGCCACCAGGCCGCCCCGAAUCAAAGUUCCCCUUCUCCGCAGCGGCGGUGAAGAAGCUCUUUGGCCAGACACCCUUCCCUGGUCCCGAAACCGAGGCGAGCUCCUUUACGCCUGACGGGAUUUGGUCCUAUCUGGAGGAAAACGAGAAGAAGGUCCGCCUGGGAAUAGAGGAGGAAUUGAUCACCGAACGAGCGCGUCAGAACCUCGUGAUGGUUUACAAGGUACAAGUCACCCCGAGUAGAAUUAUGCUGGCGGGACCCGAACCGGAAGCCAAGAAUAGGAUACUCAGAAAAUUCCCUGACCAUACUGGCUUUUUUGCGCGUCUCCAGUUCUGCGAGGAGGACGGCCAAGACUUAUACUUCAAUGCUAGGGUGUCUCUCGACCGGAUCUGGGCGCGGUUCAAGCAGAUCCUCAACGAUGGCAUCAUAAUUGCCGGACGAAAGUACGGCUUCUUGGGCUUCUCUCACUCCUCCCUUCGGGCCCAUGGUGUAUGGUUCAUGUCUUCCUUCUUUGACCAGGACGGGGACCUACAUACGUAUUUUUCCGUGAUCCGUGACCUUGGGAAGUUCAACAGUAUCUUCUCACCGCCUCGUUGCGCCGCCCGGAUCGGCCAAGCCUUCUCGGAGACUCCAUUCUCAGUCGAUUUAGUGGAACUUGGAGUCGAAAUCGAGUUUAUUCCCGACGUAAAAUCGGCCGACGGCAGCCGGGUGUUUAGCGACGGCGUCGGAACAAUAUCCAGAGCCUUGAUGGAGGCGAUUCGCGCCUCGUUGCCGCUGAGAAAGAGCAAAAAUCAUGCUACCUGCUUUCAGAUACGAUGGGCGGGCGCCAAGGGAAUGCUUGCUUUGGACGAUACCCUCCGGGGGAUGGUCAUGCGUAUCAGAAAGGAGAGCAUGGUUAAAUUCGAUAGCGACGACACUCGAUAUCUCGAAAUAUGCGACAUGGGGAACAAGCCCAUCCCGCUAGUCCUGAAUCGGCAAAUGAUCAAGAUUCUAGAGGACAUGCGGGUCGCAGACGACUGGUUCUUCCAAAUCCAGAAUCAGGAGCUCAAAAGACUGCGGAUGAUAACAGCCGACGUGCACAACACGAUGGUAUUCCUCAAACGACAAAAGGUCGCCGACCAGAUUAACUUUUCGCAGUUCAUCAAACGCCUGAGCAGACUGGGUAUUGACUACAAGAACGAUCCGUUUCUUUGUUCGGUUGUGGAAACCGUCGUACUUAGAGAAGUGCGCCUUUUAAAGCAUAAGGCUCGAAUUCCUGUCCAGCAGGGCGUUACGCUGUUUGGUGUGAUGGACGAGUUCGCUUACCUGAAAGAGGACGAGGUAUUUGUCACCUUUGACGAGGACAAGCUUCUCGGAGUCGGAUACCCGUAUCUACACCAGAAGCUGGUCCUGGUCACGAGAUCGCCCGCUCUUCAUCCUGGCGAUAUUCAAGUGCGAAGAUCAGUGAUCCCUCCGCCUCAUCAUCCGCUAUGUGCCCUAAAGAACUGCAUCGUAUUCAGUCAGAAAGGAGAGAGGGACCUUCCGAGUCAGCUCAGCGGCGGAGAUCUUGACGGCGAUAUUUACAACAUCAUCUGGGACGAACAAGCAGUUUCUUCGUCCAAGCUCGAGUUUGAGCCGGCGGAUUAUCCCCGGGUGAGCCCGGUAACCAUCGACACAGAGGUUACCCGGGAGCACAUGACCGACUUUUUUGUCGAAUUUAUGGCAACAGAUCAGUUGGGCGUCAUUGCGAUCAAACAUAUGGUACUAGCCGAUAUGAGGGACAGCGGCACUGUUGACCCGGAAUGCAAACUGCUUGCCGAAAUGCACUCGACAGGCGUAGAUUAUAGCAAGUCUGGUAUUCCGAUCGACGCCAACAAACUCAAGAGCCUAACCAGGACGCGAUACCGUCCCGAAUUCCUCUCACCCGCUCCACCCGCGAAUAUUGUAAACCGGAGCGAGGUCACUUUUGAAGUUCCCAGGGCUCCCUCUCCCGAAGACGACGAAGACGAUAACACUCCCAGAUUCAGGUACUACAAGUCGACCAAGAUUCUCGGCAAGCUGUAUCGGGCCAUUGACGAAAAAAAGAUAUGGAGAGAGGAUAUCCGUCGAAAAGUCCCCCUCUCCACGAAACCGGUGUGGGACCUGCUGACCCGACAGAUCUUGAAAAAAUGCCGAGAGCUUGGAGGAGUCAACUGGCAGCCGGCGGUAGAAGAGGCUACCCAUCUCCGACAGGCAUACGACGACGCGGUCUGGACCUUGGCUAUGGAUUUCAGAGAGAGCACAAAUAAGGCUCUGUCAGAACUCGAGGUUUUCACGGGGUGUAUUUUCAAUAAGUCCGGGGUCCAGACACGAAGACAGCGAGACACUUCGGUGCGCCUCAAGGAUGAAUACGACCGAGUCUCUAAGUGGAUCAGAGACCUUAUACGCAAGCGAGGGCCUCGACCCGACGAAGAGGAAGAGGAGGAGGAUGACGACGAUGACGAUGACGACGACGACGAGGUCGGCGGAACUGCUCUGAAUGACGAUGUAGGAAACGACCCUUACGACGGGUCAGAGGCCAGCGAAGCUAGCUUUGUGAGAAGUAGCCGUAACAUUACCCCACUCGAACUAAGCAUCGCUUGCUUAUACGUCGGGACCAAGGGCCCCGAAAGGUUCAGUGGUAGAGAAGAAACAAAGAUAGGGAGUUUCAAGAUCGUUGCUGCGCAGUGUGCGCUGACCGAGCUGGAGGCUGCCCUGAGUCUGAAAAGGGAGGCGGAGGCGGCUUUCUUCGAGUCCGCGACGGCAAGAUUCAUGGCUGGCCCCAUCUCCUCAACCUCGAGGGCCGCCCCUUAUUAUCAUAGGUAGGCCUUUACUCGACUAUGGAUUCUGAUGGAGACAUCUCGGAUAUAUGAGUGUUUCCCACUAGAAUAGCAAGGGAAGGUGGUGCUUUUAAGGGCUCG